UUCUUUGCUUUCAAACAUACAACAAUAAAUUCAGUAUCAUAUAUAUACACCAUUUCAUGGUGCUAGAUUCAUCAGAAAAUCAUGGCAAAUUGGCUUAUUAUUUUCUUCACCUCCAUUGUGUGGUGGUGUUGCUUUGGCAACACCCCUGCCACUUGCUUGCAAAAUGAGACAGAUAGAUCAGCCUUGAUUGCUUUCAAGUCUGCCAUUGAUCAAGACCCAUUUGGGUCAUUGAUAUCCUGGAAUGAUUCAGUGCACUACUGUGAUUGGAAUGGCAUCUUGUGCAGUCAUCGACAUCCCAAUAGAGUCGUGAAGUUGAGACUAAGGUCGCAAGGCCUGGUGGGAUCACUCUCACCUCAUAUUGGAAACCUCUCCUUCCUCAAAAGCCUCAUUCUUCGAAACAAUAGCUUCCAUGGCCCAAUCCCACAAGAGAUUGGUCGCUUGUUUCGACUUCAAAACAUUUCACUCCGCAAGAAUUCAUUUCAUGGUGAAGUACCCACCAACUUUUCCCAAUGCUCAAAUCUUGAAAUCCUUGACUUGAUCGGCAACAACCUAACCGGAAACAUCCCGGCCGAGUUAGGAUCUUUGUCGAAGCUUACAUUUCUAGGCUUAACUACUAACAAGAUUUCAGGAACCAUCCCUCCUUCCCUUGGCAAUCUUUCCUCUCUUACCCAACUGUUCACAGGACCACUUCCUAUUUCAUUGUCAAAUGCUUCCAAACUUCAACAAAUAGGCUUUGAUGAUAACAGCUUUGUGGGGCCAAUGCCAAGAGAUCUUGGAAGACUUUUAAGUCUACAAAAGUUUGGCGUUGGUGAUAAUUUGUUGCAGGAUGACCUCAGUUUUAUUUCAUCACUAACGAAUUGCACGAGUUUAAAAGCAUUUAGCGUUACCGGCAAUUUUCUCAGAGGUCCAGUGCCCAAGUCCAUAGCUAAUCUCUCUUCCGAGGUCAGCAUAAUUAUAAUGCAGGACAAUGAAAUAUAUGGAAGCCUACCAUCAGGUAUUGGGAACCUCCCCAAUCUCGGUAUCUUUGAUAUGGUAAUGAAUCAUCUUAGUGGCCCUAUUCCUACCACCAUUGGGAAACUACAUAAUUUGCACCGACUUUACUUAGGCGUAAACUAUUUCACACAACUACCGUCUUCAAUAGGUAACUUAACUUUGCUAAAUACUCUCUACUUGGGGCGAAACAAAAUCCAUGGAAGCAUACCUUCGAGUCUAGGCAACUGUAAGAACUUGUUGGAUUUAAAUCUUGCUCAUAAUAAUUUCCAUGGCUCAAUACCCCCUGAAAUUAUGAGUCUCUCUUCCAUUUCAAUCUCCUUCAACUUAUCUUACAAUGCGUUGACUGGUUCUCUUCCAUUAGAAGUUGGGUCUUUGAAAAAUCUUGAAAAGCUGGAUGUGUCCAAUAAUAGAUUAUUAGGAUCUAUUCCCAACUCUCUAAGCAAUUGUUUGAGCUUGGAAUGGCUUCAUUUGGAAGGCAAUUCAUUUGAAGGCGAGAUACCUCAAAGUUUGAGAGAGUUAAGGGGUUUACAAGAGUUGGACCUUUCACGCAACAAUUUAUCAGGGUUGAUCCCCAGUUAUCUAAGUGAGCUCCAUUUAGAAAAGUUGAAUCUAUCUUUUAACAAGCUACAUGGGCGAGUUCCAAUGGAAGGAAUUUUUCGAAAUGAAAGUGCUAUUUCGGUGGAUGGUAAUAAUGAUCUAUGUGGAGGCAUUCCAUACUUGCGUCUUCCUCUCUGCCCAUCCUCAAAGUCCAGCAAGAAUAAGCUCUCUCACAAGAUGAAAGUGAUACUCGCUGUCGUGGUUGUUCUGGUGUUAUGUUCAAUUUUGUUGGGUUGCUUAUUCAUAUUCCUUCAUUGGCGACGUGUUUCAAGAAAGACAGCCUUUUCGGUGCCAUCACUUAAGCACCAUCUGUUACGGGUUUCUUAUGCAGAGCUUUUGAAAGCUACUGAUGGAUUCUCAGAGGACAAGCUAAUUGGUGUUGGGAACUAUGGUUCUGUUUACAAAGGAAUUCUUGAUCAGGUUCAGACAAUGGUGGCAGUGAAAGCACUCAAUCUCCAACUCAGAGGAGCUUCUAAAAGUUUUAUGUCAGAAUGCAAAGCACUAAGAUUCAUAAGACAUAGAAAUCUCUUGAAAAUUUUGAGCGCUUGUUCUAGUGUGGAUUUCCAAGGUAAUGAAUUUAAGGCUUUGGUAUAUGAAUUUAUGGCCAAUGGAAGCUUAGAGAAAUGGUUGCAUCAUGAUGGAAUCGAAAAUAAUGGACAACAAGAAUCCAGAAAUCUAAAGUUUAUUCAAAGGCUAAACAUUGCCAUAGAUGUUGCUUCAGCAAUUGAGUAUCUUCACUGUCAUUGUGACUCAACAAUUAUUCAUGGUGAUCUAAAGCCGAGUAAUGUUCUUUUGGAUGAUGAGAUGAUCGCUCAUGUUGGAGACUUUGGGUUAGCCAAAAUUAUCUCCACUAUUUCAAAUGAGGUGGUACAACAUCAGAGCAAUUCAACUGCAGUAAGGGGAACUAUAGGCUAUGUUGCUCCAGAGUAUGCCAUGGGCAACAGGGCUUCCACAAUAGCCGAUGUGUAUAGUUAUGGAAUUCUUCUCAUGGAGAUGUUUACAGGUAAAAGACCAACUGAUAACGUAUUUAAGGAUGAUCUAACUCUUCAUAUCUUGGUUGAGAGUGCUUUGCCCGACCAAGUGCUGGAGAUUGUGGAUCCCCGCAUUCUUUCAGAACACGAGCCGAGAAGUUGGCUUAAAGACACUCUGGUUUCUGUCUUGAGAAUUGGAGUUGCAUGUUCAAUGGAAUCGCCAAGGGAUCGAAUGCAGAUUCAAGAUGUAGUUAACGCAUUAUGUAAGAUAAAAAAAGUUCGUGAAAAUAAUAGGUUGAGACAAGACUAGGAAAAUCUUAUCAAACAUGAAAUCCAAAGGAAAUACAAGCAAAUCAAAUCAUGCUUAUGACUACCCUAUUUUCUCUGCGGAUGCUUAGGGGCUACAAUCCAUAUGUUGGUGUGAUCCUUACGUUGUCUUCAUCAGCUGUGUGUUCAACAAAUAACUUCAAUUUUACUUCCUAUGUGAGUUGUAAGAUUUGUUGAUGUGGGAUCUUUUAGAGUAAGUGUAUACGUCUAUAACUUUUCCUUUCUUAUCUAGUUUAUGAUCUUUCGGGAGUAAUGUUAGCACUUCACUAAAUUACUUAUCAUCAUUUCAUUAGUAUAGUUCUAAGUUACA